UUGAUCGUAGCUCUCCUCUCGGGACCCUUGAUUUCGUGCAAGCGUGCGGACACAGCGACGCGUAACUACUCAUUUGUGACCCUUUUCGUGUCAACGAGUGCUCAUCCUCCAUCCUAUGGCCGUAUUCGCGGUAUGUCUGGAGGUAUAAUCGAAGAAAAAGCUGUCCACGACGCUCUAGACGCUCUUCUACGUGCUAGAGAGCAUUCUGGUGUCGACGCUGCAACAAAUCCGUCUCUCAAGCGCUCCUACCCUGACGACUCUGAGCGUGCGUCGCCUGCGAAUCCCGUGAAGAGGUGUAACAUCGACGGAGCCAUGGAUGGUAGCGGGAUGGUACAACAGAUGGGAUUCGGGGCUGCUUCAAUGAUUCCAACAGUUGCUAGUGCGGCAGAAACUGUUGUAGAAAUAAUUAGUGUUCCCGAAAACACAGUAGGCCUUGGUAGGGCUAACAAAUUUUCCUCUGCCUUCCUAAAGCUUUUUUAUUUUGCUUUUCUAGUCAUCGGUAGAGGUGGAUCUGAGAUUCAAAACAUCCAAAGUACAACAGGAUGUCGUGUGCAGAUGAGCCCAGACGGUGAUCCUGGGACGGGCGUACGUCAGUGCACACUUCAGGGCAGUAAGAUGGCAGUAGAAAGGGCCAAACAAAUGAUCACCGAUGUCAUCACUAGAGCAGCGUCGCGACCGUCAGCCCAGAGUUUCACAGCUACCGAUGGGCGUGCAAUCACUGUCGAAAUGAGUAUACCUGCUACAAAAUGCGGUCUUGUAAUUGGCAAGAUGGGAGAAACCAUAAAGCAGCUCCAAGAACAAGCUGGUUGCAAAAUGGUAAUGAUACAAGAUUCACAAGAAGUUACUGGUCAAGCAAAGCCUUUGCGUAUAACUGGUGAUCCAGAAAAAGUUGAAAUAGCAAAACGUCUUGUAACAGACUUAAUCAAUUCGCGAGAGGAUAACGGCACCAUACCACGGCUAUAUUCGGAACAAGCCACAGCGAAAGGCGAGGUAGUUGUUCCUCGAGCCAGUGUUGGAAUGAUUAUAGGCAAAGGAGGUGAAACUAUAAAAAGGCUCGCUAUGGAAACGGGAACAAAGAUACAGUUUAAAGCUGAUGGUGAGAAAAGAGGGCUCUUUGGACGUACCAAAAACAAAAAAACAAGGCUUGAUCUUUGUUCUGUUCCUGCGUUUUUCAUUAAUCAGGAGGAUUGAAC